GUCUGGGCAAGCAGGGACAUGGAGCUCAGCAGUGUGGUGUUGCUCUCGGUGCUGCCUAGCCUGGAGGAGGGGACGAAGGGAAUAGUGCAGAUGCCAGGAGGCUGAAAUUUGAAAGAGGGAUCUCCACCAGAAAAGGCUGGAAAAGGACAGCUGAAGGUGGAGAAGGACCUGGCAAUUGUCUGAGUCCUGGACAAACAGAAAUGAAGAUCUUUGCCAGGAGAGUGGACUUUGAUGUUGCUGAGAUCCAUCUCAAUUUAGCUUUUAGUCCUUCCAGGUGGGCAAAGUUUUAAGACCCUUAAAAUACAGCAACAGGAGGUUUUUGAGGAGCACAAGCCAAGCAAGGGCAAUGAUCCCUUUGCUUUUCUGUACUCUGAAAAGAGCAAUUAACCCCCAUCAACCUCUCCCCUCCUGCUUUUAUUCAGGGGGCAGCUCCAUGUAUUGCCCAUUGGCUUAUCUUCUGGUGCUGGAGUAUCAGAGUGCUCCCAAAGAGAAGCCACCACGAGUUCCUGUUUUGGCAACGUUUCCCAUCCAAUUCAGCAGAUAUUGGCAGCAAAUAUUUGCUGGAAGGAUUUAUGGCUUCUUUUUGACCAUUUGAUAAGGACUCCUUCCACAGCCAGCAACCAAAACAGAGAAGAACCCUUUGUGUCAUGCAGCAUGGUGUUCCCAUGCAUCUCCCCUGUAACUUCUUCUUCUAGUAGAGUUUGGAAAUCCUGAGGACUGAUCUUCCAUGGGGAUUAAGAGUCACGGCCAGAUGGGAAGCAGCAGCCAUCCCACAGGCUGGUCAAGCUGUGAUGAAGCAAAGAGGAGGGAAAAAGUCCUGUUCCCAAAUUCGUCAUGCACCAGAGCUGAUCAGUGCAAUCCCGGAAAGGUUAUUUUAGAGAGUGCUUGACUCACAGGGCUAUAACAGCAAUAAUUUUCAAGCUGAACUUUUCAGCUGGGAGGCGUUCCUCUAGACGCUGGGACACGCAAGGGUUCUCAGUGCCCCCACCAUGUGCGGGAAGAGGUCCAAGUGCUCCUUCUCCCGCCUGGAGGUGAUCCUCAUCGUUUGCCUGGUGUUGAUGAUAGCGGUGACCGUGGUGCUCCUCGUCCUCCACUUUCUCACCAAAGAGAGCAACGAUCCCAGUGAAGUAACAGCAAACUACUUACUGGGCGUGGGUCGAGCUGACUGCACGGGACCUGUGGCAGAAGUUCCUCUGAUGGGAUAUGCCAACCCGGAGCAGGUGGGCAGCGGGCUUCUCAUGCGCCUCUACAGUCGAGCCUUCAUCGUGGCAGACCUUGAUGACUCCAGGCGAGUAGUGUUUGUCAGCGCUGACAUAGGAAUGGUGUCUCAGAGACUGAGGCUGGAGGUGCUCAAGAAACUGAAGAGCAAGUACGGCGAGCUGUACCGACAGGACAACAUCAUCCUCAGCGGCACUCACACACACUCAGGCCCUGGUGGCUACUUCCAGUACACCCUCUUCUGGAUCACUAGCAAAGGGCUAAUCAGACCAUCCCUCAAUGCUAUCGUGAAUGGCAUUGUAAAGAGCAUUGAUAUAGCACAUCAGAACAUGAAGAGAGGAAGGCUUUUUAUAAACAGAGGCACUGUAGAAAACAGCCAGAUCAACCGAAGCCCUUUCUCCUAUCUUGAGAAUCCAGCAUCCGAACGAAGCAGGUAUUCAUCCAACACGGAUAAAGAAAUGGUGAUGCUCAAGAUGGUAGAUGAGAAUGGACAGGAGCUAGGCCUUAUCAGCUGGUUUGCUGUGCACCCGGUCAGCAUGAACAACACAAACCACCUUGUGAACAGCGACAACGUGGGCUACGCAUCUUACUUGUUCGAACAGGAGAAGAACAAGGGGAUGCUUCCUGGAGAGGGCUCUUUUGUUGCCGCCUUUGCAUCCUCCAACUUGGGAGAUGUGUCGCCCAACACCAAAGGCCCGUUCUGCAUAAACACGGGGGAGUCAUGCAAUAACCCACAUAGCACCUGUCCCGUGGGAGGGGCAAAGAUGUGCAUGGCCAUGGGGCCCGGUAAUGACAUGUUUGACAGUACAAGAAUUAUAGGGCAAAAUAUCUACUUGAAAGCAAAGGACCUGUAUGAAAAAGCUUACCAGGAGGUCACAGGACCCCUCAGCUCAGCUCACCAGUGGGUGAACAUGAGUGAUGUCUCGGUGGAGCUCAAUGCCACACACACGGUUAAAACAUGUAAACCAGCCUUAGGACACAGCUUUGCUGCAGGGACUAUUGAUGGAGUGGGGGCUUUCAACUUCACACAAGGCUCAGUAGAAGGGAACCCAUUUUGGGAUGAAAUCCGGGACCAGCUGCUGGGAGAGCCCUCCAAUGAGACAAAAGCCUGCCACAAACCCAAGCCAAUCCUCUUUAGCACCGGAGAGAUGACUCGGCCUCACCCAUGGCACCCUGACAUUGUGGAUGUUCAGAUUGCUGCCAUUGGAUCACUGGCAAUCAUUGCUGUUCCCGGAGAGUUCACGACCAUGUCUGGACGCAGGCUACGGGAAGCUGUUAAAAGAGAAUUUGAUUCUCAUGGUACACCAAGAAUGGAUGUCGUAAUUGCAGGUCUGUGCAAUGUCUACACCCACUACAUUACCACCUAUGAAGAAUACCAGGUUCAACGAUAUGAGGCUGCAUCGACUAUUUAUGGGCCACACACCCUUUCUGCUUACAUUCAACUGUACAGAGGACUCGCAAGGGCUAUUGCUACGAAUACAGUUCAGGAUUUGCCACGUGGUCCAGAGCCCCCAGUUUUCAAUAUAGGUAACAUGACCUUGCUGCCUCCUCUCACUGCCGAUCGCAUGCCGGUGAAUAAGACUUUUGGGGAUGUGCUACAAGAAGUGAGACAACAGUAUCGAGCGAGAGAAGUUGCUGAAGUAACUUUUGUAGGUGCGAACCCCAGGAACUCUGCAGAGAAUGCGACUGAACACAACUUCCUGACGGUGGAGAGAUACACCAGCACUUCAGACAGCUGGCACGUGGUAUGGAACGAUGCCUCCUGGGACACCAGGUUUUACUGGACCAAAGGAUCAUUUGGUCAGAGCAACGUGACUAUUGAAUGGCACAUCCCUCGUGACACAGAGCCAGGCGUCUACAGGAUACGGUACUUCGGGCACUACAAGAAAAAACUGUCUAACAAUCGCGCUGUCUUUAUUCCAUUUGAAGGCACAUCUUCAGUGUUUGAAAUCACAACUCUGUAG